AACAAACCGACGCAAUAAAGUGACCAUGGACUCCAAUUAUCAUGAUGAUAAUACAGACUAUUUGUUGAAUAAACGCUCAAUAAAUGACAUUAACGACAACAUUGAGACCCAAACAAAUGAAAAUAAAUUUAAAUAACAAUUUCAAUCAUGAUUAUAGCAAUUAUAAAAAGGCUCAUAAGUUAGAGAUAAUAUGGUGGCCCAACGUUGUGGCUAUGGUAAUAUUGUACAUGGCCGGUUUAUACGGCUUAUAUCGGGGCAUGUUUUAUGCUAAACCAAUCACCAUUAUCUACAUGUAUGUUAUGGUGAUAUUUACUGCACUGGGUAUACAGUGUGGAGUGCAUCGGCUAUGGUGUCACCGUUCAUAUAAGGCCAAUCGUGCCCUGCAAUACAUAAUAAUGACAAUGUUUACGCUGGCAUUACAGGACAACAUAUACAAGUGGUCACGUGAUCACCGCACCCAUCAUAAGUACUCGGACACCGACGCCGACCCGCACAACAUUAAUCGGGGUUUCUUUUUUUCGCACGUGGGCUGGUUGUUGAGCAAAAAACACCCUGAUGUUAUUAAACAAGGUACACUCAUUAAUAUGACUGAUCUGGACCGGGACCAGCUUGUUCAAUUUCAUCGGCGCCACUAUCCGAAAUUAGUUGCGAUAAUAUGGGCCGCUAUACCAACGCUAAUACCCUAUUAUCUAUGGGGCGAAACUUUAUGGGACUCUUAUUUUGUGGGUGUAAUGCUCAGAUAUUUAAUUACUACAAAUUUUGCCAUGUGCAUUAAUUCGAUGGCACACACUUGGGGCUACAAACCGUACGACAACACAGUAAACCCAACCGAGUGUUAUGUAAGGCAUAUGAUGUUUGGCGAAGGUUUUCAUAAUUAUCAUCACACGGACUAUGGGGCCAGCGAGUUCGGUCCGUUGGAAGUAUUUAACCUGGGCACACUAUUCAUUGAUUUUUUUGCAUGGUUGGGCUGGGCGUACGACAUGCGUCGAGCGUCAACCGAGAUGGUAGAUCAACGUAAAAAACGUACCGGCAAUUUGGGCUGGGUCAAAAGUAGUAGGCUCUAUGAAUUGUUUACUGUAAGUUUGGUGUCAUUCAUGGUCUGUACGGCACGUAUGGUUAUAAGUGACCGCAUCCCUAAUCGUCUCAUUAAACUUCACAUCUCUCGUCACGUGAAACAUCACCGACACCUUCCCUAUCAG